AUCUGCGUUUUUGCAAUUCUCGCAACAGCACGUUCAACUUUCAUUUCGUUCAGUUCUCUCGAUAGUUUCCUCAUUCGGAUCAGAGUAAUCAGGUUUCUUUCUAAUUUACUCAGGGAUUAGGGUUUAUGUGAGAGAGGGAAUUUGUGUGCGAACCAAGCAUUUUCUCCAUUGGAAUUUUGUGACGAUGAGAGCCAGAUUGGUGGUGUUUCCAAUCAGAGGAAGAAAUUGGUGUUUCAGCAGAUCCGUCGACCCUGCCGCCUCGGAUUCUGCUUCUACUCAGACUCCUUCCACUUUGAAAGAUCUCUGGACCAAAAUAUCCUCGCCUUCUUCCUCCAAAUCCGACGCUCUCUCCAGCAGUACCAGUAGUAGCAAUGCGGAAAUCGUUACCGAUUUCAUCUCGUUCAAGAUGAAUAAAGCUUGGACUGCUCUGGAGAAGGCUCCUGAUGGCUCGUUUAAGAAUAAACUUCACGGGAUCGGAUUGAAGCUCUUAUCUCGAGUUAAGCCGUCUGAGAUAUUCUUGAAGUCAAUAACUAAAGAUGUUACGAGCGUUGAAAUAGCAUAUCCAUCCAGUUUGAAUCCACGGCUCGUUCGUAGGAGGUUAAGGCAUAUUGCUCUCAGGGGAACUGCCAUCCACAAGAAACACUUCUAUGGUUCAGUUUCGUUGCUUCCAUUAGCAAGUGCCUUUACUAUUUUGCCUCUGCCAAAUAUUCCAUUCUUUUGGGUUUUGUUUCGCACAUAUUCUCAUUGGCGAGCCCUAAAGGGAAGUGAAAUACUUCUUCAGUUGGUCUCUGAUAGAUCUUAUUCGUGCAACUCAUCCACUGAUGGUAACAAAACUGUGAACACAGUCCAACAACAUCCAGGUUCAACCUUGGAUCUGCAGCCAUCAAAGGAACUCGACAAAUUUCUGAGCCAGAUGGAGGGAUCUGGUGAUAUAACUACUACAAUUAAAGAUAUAUGCAAGAUCUUUGAUUUAAACAUGAAUAAUGUUUUGAAGUACAAGGAUAAAAUGUGAUGAGCGAGACCCCAUCCAUUUUCUGAUGGGGGAAAAGAAGGUGCAACAUUCAAACAAAGGAGAUGGUCUUUGAUUGAUAUUCAUGGGAUGAGAGAUUGAUUUAUGGAAGAAAAUCACGAAAGAUGAAAUAAGCUUGAGCCAACAUAUGCUUGGACUAGUGGUAUGUUAUGCGUCUUAGAAUUUACAUUGUUCUUCCAUUAUAAAAGGAGGGGAGGGAGGAGAAGUGGACAGCCUGAUUCCCCAGUUUGGUGGCCUUUAAUGUCUUGGGGCUAGUGUCAUCCUAUCCAUCCCCAGGAACAAAGAAUCGGAUCCGUCUUAGUAAGAAAUUUGAACAAACAAACGAACGAACGAACAACACAAGUUCGUGCUCUCUUCUUUUUGCAAAUGAAAUGUGGUUGGCACCAGAUCCCACACUGGUUAGUAGCUUUUUUCUUUUUUGGUUAAUCUUAGCUCAUCUUUGCGCC